CCCCCACCCAAUCUCUUUUCUCCCUUUCUGUUUCGGGAAACGUGCCAUUACAAACCUUCUUCACAGCCUCACCAUAACGAAACCCCCGCUCCGAUCGCUUCGCCAACGCCGGAUUUGAUUUUUCUACUUUGGCUGGCCGAUCGAAUUUUGAUUCACGAAAAUGAGCGUGGUGGGAUUCGAUUUCGGUAACGAGAGCUGCAUUGUUGCGGUUGCGAGGCAGAGAGGGAUUGAUGUUGUGCUCAAUGAUGAGUCAAAGCGCGAAACACCCGCUGUUGUGUGUUUUGGUGAUAAACAACGUUUCAUUGGCACCGCUGGUGCUGCGUCCACUAUGAUGAAUCCCAAGAAUUCCAUUUCUCAGAUUAAGAGACUUAUUGGUAAAAAAUUUUCUGAUCCUGAAUUGCAGCGGGAUCUUAAGUCAUUGCCUUUUGUUGUCACUGAAGGCAAUGAUGGAUACCCCUUGAUUCAUGCACGUUACUUGGGUGAGGCUAAAACGUUCACGCCUACCCAGGUUUUUGGAAUGAUGUUGUCGAAUCUUAAGGAAAUAGCGGAGAAAAAUCUGAGUGCAGCUGUUGUUGAUUGUUGCGUUGGAAUCCCUGUUUAUUUUACUGAUCUUCAGAGAAGGGCUGUUUUGGAUGCAGCCACUAUUGCGGGUUUGCAUCCGCUUCGAUUAAUUCAUGAAAUGACUGCGACUGCUUUGGCAUAUGGGAUUUAUAAGACGGACCUUCCUGAGAAUGAUCAGCUGAAUGUUGCCUUCGUCGACAUUGGACAUGCUAGCAUGCAAGUGUGCAUUGCUGGCUUCAAAAAGGGGCAGCUCAAAGUGUUGGCCCAUUCAUUUGAUAGGUCUCUGGGCGGUAGGGAUUUUGAUGAGGUUUUGUUCCAUCACUUUGCUGCGAAAUUUAAGGAGGAGUACAAGAUUGAUGUCUUCCAGAAUGCCAGGGCUUGUAUAAGGCUCAGGGCUGCUUGUGAGAAGCUGAAGAAGAUGCUUAGUGCAAAUCCUGAGGCACCUCUGAACAUUGAGUGCUUAAUGGAUGAGAAGGACGUCAGGGGCUUCAUCAAGCGUGAUGAAUUUGAGCAACUGAGUCUUCCAAUUUUGCAACGUGUGAAGGAACCUUUGGAGAAGGCACUUGCUGAGGCAGGUCUUACGGUUGAAAAUGUACACAUGGUUGAGGUGGUUGGUUCAGGUUCUCGUAUACCAGCUAUAAACAAAAUAUUGACAGAAUUUUUCAGAAAGGAGCCUAGACGGACAAUGAAUGCUAGUGAGUGCGUUGCUCGGGGUUGUGCAUUGGAAUGUGCAAUUCUUAGUCCAACAUUUAAAGUACGAGAGUUUCAGGUCAACGAAAAUCUUCCUUUCUCCAUUUCUCUUUCAUGGAAAGGUUCUGGUCCAGAUGCACCGGAUAAUGGACCAGAAAAUCAUCAGAGUUCCCUUGUUUUUCCAAAGGGUAAUCCCAUACCAAGUAUCAAGGCACUGACGUUCUACAGGUCUGGAACAUUUUCCGUAGAUGUACAAUAUACUGAUGUGAGUGGGCUGCAAAUACCUGCUAGGAUCAGCACAUAUACUAUUGGUCCUUUCCAAACUACAAAUAGUGAAAGGACAAAAGUUAAGGUGAAAGUUCGUUUGAGUCUACAUGGAAUUGUCUCUGUUGAAUCAGCAACGCUCCUGGAAGAGGAAGAAGUUGAGGUUCCAGUUUCCAAAGAAACAGCAGGGGAAAAUAUCAAGAUGGACAUUGAUGAAGCUCCAGCUGAUACUGCUGCACCUCCCACCUCCAAUGCAAAGGAUGCUAAUAUGCUGGAUGCAAAGGCUAAUGCCGAUGCCUCGGGGGUUGAAAAUGGCGUCCCUGAGAGUGGAGAUAAGCCUUCGCAAAAAGAUACUGAUAACAAGGCUCCAAAGAAAAAGGUUAAGAAAACAAACAUUCCUGUAGCAGAGUUAGUUUAUGGAGCAAUGGUGCCUGUGGAUGUCCAGAAAGCAGUGGAGAAGGAGUUUGAAAUGGCUUUGCAAGAUCGUGUGAUGGAAGAAACAAAAGACAAGAAAAAUGCAGUUGAGGCUUAUGUUUAUGACAUGAGAAACAAGCUUAAUGACAAUUACCAUGAGUUUGUCACUGCCUCAGAGAGAGAAGAUUUUACCGCCAAACUUCAGGAAGUGGAAGAUUGGCUUUAUGAAGAGGGUGAAGAUGAAACUAAAGGUGUAUAUAUUGCCAAGCUUGAAGAACUCAAAAAGCAAGGUGAUCCAAUUGAAGGGCGUUACAAAGAAUACAUGGAGAGGGGUACUAUAAUUGAUCAGUUUAUCUAUUGUAUAAAUAGUUACAGAGAAGCUGCAGUGUCAAAUGAUCCCAAAUUUGAUCACAUUGACAUUAACGAGAAACAGAAGGUCUUAAAUGAAUGUGUCCAAGCUGAGAACUGGCUUAGGGAGAAGCAGCAACAGCAGGACUCACUUCCAAAAUAUGCCAACCCCGUACUCUUGUCAGCUGAAAUAAGAAAGAAAGCUGAGGCCGUUGAUAGGUUCUGCAAGCCCAUAAUGACCAAACCAAGGCCAACGAAGCCAGCUACUCCACAAACACCUACAUCCCCAUCUUCUCAGGGUGAUAAGCAGCAGCAACCACAGAGAAAUGCUGACGCCAAGACUAAUAAUGAGAAUGCCGGGGAUAGCAGUGGUCAGGUCCCACCUGCGUCUACUGAACAAAUGGAGACUGAGAAGCCAGAGAACAAAGCCUCUGCUUAAUUUUUGUUGUUGCUUUGCUCUCAAGAGUUCACGAUUUAUACCUUUUGUAUAAGCAUAGGAAUUGGGCCUGGGAAAAUAGGCUUGGGUUGGUUGACAGUGAUUGGCGUAGUAGAGCCUAUCGAUUGGUUGGUUGCGUUAGUUUUAAUUAAUAUUAUGGUCAUCUUUGGAAUCCGGAUUUUUUCACAAAAAAACCAUUUUUGAAGAGAAAACGAUAGUGUGUGGUCUAUCUUUCCAAAUCCGGUGGGAGUAGGCCAAAUUUACGUUCUCUAGGUUCAUAGAUUAUUUGUGUGAGAUUUUUAGAAAAUGAAUUAUAAUGUUUUUUUUCCCCUUGUUUAAUAAUUUUCAUUUCGUUUUGCGUGGAAGUUUAACUUUACCCUUACAGAGGUGACCAUAAAUUUUGUUUAAUUUCUUC